CAAAUCCAUCGUUGAUUCAAUGCCAUACAAUAGUGAUCACAAAUUUGCAUUGCAAUCCUUAGAGGUGAUAAAGUCCCGAUUACUAGUAAAUUUAUCUUUCCACUUUAGCAACUAAACAGGUUUUAUCAUAAUGGACGACUCUAAGCUAAAAGUAUAAGUGUGUGGACCUCCAGGGCGGUUUCUUUACACAAUAAUUCAUUAUCUUAUGUUUCACGCAAGAUUUCAUGUCAUUUGGAUUAGGAAUGAUGGGUCCUAAGGGUUCUAAAGAUGUUAUGAGCCUUUUAUCAACAAAUAGGAAUCCCUUCCGAAUUACAUUCAGUAAGCCCUCGGGCUGAGAGAGCAUCAUAUUUCAGAAAUUGACUUGCAAGCGAAAGCAUGGAAAUGCGAUGGGCUCAUCAAAUUUUGAGAUGGAAAGCUCAGUCAAUGCAAGCAAGAAUGGAGACUCAAAGAAGAGAAAAUCAUGAAGGGGUUGCUGGAAAUAAGAAAGCUAACGAGUCUUCCUUUUAUCCUCUGGGAAGUAACGCCGACGAAAAUGAUAUCUGUGAACCAGAAAGGAGAGAAAAGAGCGAAGAAACACGAAGAAAACGGAUUCCGAUGCGAGCAUUAGUAAAGAUGAAACUUCUUGGAAGAAAAACGCGGACGAAAUACCAUAGCAAGGAAAACAAAAACCAGGACGAAGAAAAUAAGUCUGAGAAAUUGGAACAUGGAAAAUCAGAUAGAAAGAUGGAAGCAAUGAAACAAUAUGUCCCUCUUUCCAAUAUGGGAUUCAUAACUGGAACAGACGAGGAUGAAAACAUGCCAGACAAUGUCGAUUACAAAGGGGAAAGACGCCGAAUGGCUAUUUGCGAAGAAUUGGAAAGGGAAAUAUUCUUUUGGGGGCAAGACUUGUACACACUUCGUAGCCUUCUUGUUGUACAGUACAAGCUUAAUGGGUUUGGGUUGUUAUGAAUUAUUAAGUUGGUGUGAAGUUUGUGACAGGAGUCACAAAUAAUCCGAGAGAUGAGACGCCUUUUUAUCAUGGCUCUCGAUGAGUGGGAAGUUCGACUUGGAAGCUAAAUCUGUGGCUUUCAUUAACAAACCGAAGGGAAGGAACAAAACCACUGGAAAUAACAAAUCGCAAUUGGUCGCACAAAUAACAUAAAGUAACUAACACCUCUUUCAAAGGUCUAUGCGAUUGCAGUAAAACUGACGCUAUCAAAACGCAACACUAACUGAUAGAAAAACUUAACGGCGAAUUUCGCCCAAGGCAUUGCUUUGUAAGUUUCAAAAAAAGCAAAACAAGAAGUUGACAGGAUUUUCAUGAACCUCUAUAAUAUCAAAUUAUUGCAUUUGCAUAUCUUUCAUCUUGCUCUUUCUCCGUUCGUGACGGAAAAAUGUCUAAUUUGUUGAAUUGUGUUUCACCCUGUUUGUUUUACGCAGCGUGAAAUAGCCAUUUAAGACCUAAUUAAUUUCUGCCAAACAAAUUAUUUCUUUUACCAAUUGAUAUGAAUGAAAUUUGCGGGUGAACUUCUAAGAUUUGGAAAUUGUGAUUAAUCAAAUUUGUACAAAAAACCGUCCAACAUUUUCUUUUAAAUAAAGGUUUUGAUGGAUUGUGACAUUAGCUUCUGUUACGUUAUUUCUUAUAUACCUUUGUUAUAGUAAGAGAUAUUGCCUUGCUAAAAAUUCGAGAUAUCCGACUCUGUUCUAUUUAAAAAAGAUAACUAUGAGAUGGAUUUGAAGUUGAACUUGACGGACAUGGUUUGCGCGUCAAAAUAUAAACCAUCAAAAUAUACAAACAUUUUGCUGACUCAUACUUAUUGAACUAAAGUUGACGCAAGAUUUGUAGAAUUUUGAAAGCAGAUGUUUCUUGCUGGUUAAGUAAAUGUAAAAUCUAUAAGUUACUUUUUACAUUUUCAGGUAACGUCGAAAAGAAAUACUUUCAAAACAUUUUCAGAACUUGUCACAACAGGAAUUUGUUUUUACAAAAUAUCCCGUAUGAUUGUCAUUGAUGUUUUGGCUUAUUUUAAAGAAUGUAACUUUUAAUAAUAUUCUGGAAAAUAAUGUUAGUCGCGCAUUAAUCUAUACUUUUAGCCAUGAAUAUGGGAAUAAAACAUCCGUCGGAGACGUGUCUCAAGGAUAUUACAAUUAAGUGCUUUUAAAGUGUUUCAAGUUUGUCUGAAAGUAGAUAAAGUUUAUUUCAGCGCGAACAAAGUUUAUUACAAAGUGCAUCAAGUUUAACUUAAAGUGCGUCACGUGUAAAUUAAGCUGCGUCACGUUUAUCACAAAGUGCGUCAGUUUUAACUCAAAGUGCGUCAAGUUUAUCUAAAAGAGUGCGUCCAGUUUAAUUCAAAGUGCGUCAAGUUUAACCUUUAUCUAACUAUAAGUUCUCGUGGAGAAGUGAAGUGCUCGAGCUCAUAGAUUGAUUGGUCAUUCAAUUGCAAGGGUAAAAUCAAUAUUCUUUUAGAUUUGUGUGGAGCAGUUCGCACAUUUUCCAUAAGCCAGGUUUAUGCAAGACCCCCUUUUCUUUGCAGCCACUGUCUUGGCUGAUCACUAACCCUUUUAUGGUUUCUCUGUUUGUUUUAUAAGAGAAGUAGAACAAAAACAAAUUGCUUGUAGUCUUAUUUUAUUAAACAAAAGAAAUUAUUUAAUUGAAGGCAUUGUAUGUCUAGAAAAGGAAAGGUGAAGUCUGAUAACCAUAAUAAACAAUCUGAUUAGCUGUGGAGGGGAUGUGCAGUCAUAGAUAUUAUGGAAAGUAAGUAUAUUUUUAAAAAAGGUGGUUGAGGUGGUUGAGUGGGAGGGGCACAACCCGUGUGCCCACCCCGAGCUGCAUGCCUGUACAUACCCAGUAAGCUAUUUGGGUCUAAGUGGUGGCCAUGAUAAUAGCUACUGAAAAGAUUACUGCCCAUGCAUUAACAUUUAGUGAACUAUACAGAAUUUUUGAUCUCCUGCUUCUCAAUAACAAUAGCUUCUGCAUGUAAGUACACUGCAGUAUUCACUGAAGCCCACUGAUUUCUAAAGAAUCUAUGUGUCUCCUCCGUGGCUGUGUUUGCCUUGGUUUAAAAUAAUGUAGCAAUCCAUUUUGUUUUAUUUCUUGGGCAAUGAUUUGCAAUCAUAGUAGUUCUGGACUGGACAUUGUUGUGGAAAAAUAGACUCAAAAUAUAAAAUACUGCAAACCCAGUAUC